GUCGGGCUUGAAGUCGCUUAUUCUGCACUGCGAUUCCACCGGGAGAGGAUCUGGCUUUUCAGGCUCUGUGCUCGACUCCGAAAACCCUAUAUUAACACAUUAAGACAACAUGGCCAGAACAGCACUCGUGACCCUGUCUGCGGCCGUGAUCGUGGCGGUGGCGCUGCUCUCGUCCACCGCGCAGGCGCAGCAGAGCGAGUCAGCCGUCCAGGAGACCCCCGGCCUUCUGGAGCGAAUCAUGACCAACUACGUGUAUCCGCUUCGAGACAUGGACUGGAGGACGAUGGUGAGGAACGCACUCGAGAACAUGAUGAACUACAUCGCUCCGGACGCCAAGGAACCCAAGAUCGGAGGGCUGCCACGGGCGCGGAGGGAGGCGGGCGGCGACGCGGGGGGCUUGGCUUCCUUCCUGGGGUUCCUCCUGGAGCACCCCGGCCUGAUGGGAGGCGAGGGGGGGAGCCAGAGGAGCAAGAGGAGGAAGAGGAACCCCCAUCCCGAGGCCUCCGACGCCCACGCCCGCUCCCGACGACAACGUUCGAAUCCGGAGACGCGAGAAGCAACCGAGGGAACCUCCACCAACAGCAGCCUGGCGAAAUUCUUCUUCAACGGUAACAGCAACGUGUCCUCCUCGGUCGCCGGGCAUUCCUGGGCAUACCUGAGCAUGCUGGUGUUCUACUGUGGCCUCAGCAUCUUCGGCGCCCUCCUGCCGCUCUACAAGAUGGCCAGGGACGAGAUCCUGGAGGCCACGGGGGGCGAGGAGCCGCACGCGCCGCCGCACAACCACGUCGAGACGGGGAACAUCUUCCAGAUCUGAAGGGAAGGGCGAGAGAGAGGGAGAAAGGGACAGAGAAGAAAAAUAAGAAUGACUUGAGAGAAAGAGAGAAGGCAGGUAAAAACAUGGGAAUGGCUCGAGAGAAAGAGAGAAGAAGGCAGGCAAAAACAUAGGAAUGGCUUGAGAGAGAGAAAAGGGCAGAGGAAAACAAAGGAAUGGCUUGAGAGAGAGAGAGAAAAGGCCAGGUGAAAAAAAAUAUAUAGGAAUGACAUGAGAAAAAAGCAGGUAGAAAAUAAGAAUGGCUUGAAAGAGGAUUUUUAAAAAAUCAGGCGAAUGGAUACACAUUUAUAUACAUAUUUGUUUAUUCAUUAAUUACCCCAUAUCUUAGUGGGAUAUUAAUAAUUUCCUGUGAUUAAUUUCAUCUCCGUGACCAAUGUCAAUGUUCUGUGAUUAACCACAUUUGCGUGAUCAACAUUUAAUGGUUAACGACUCCAUAAUCAAUACAAUGUCACCUGAAAUAAUAUGACCAAAGUAUCAUUAAAAGUCUCUCUACUUAUAAUCUAAGGGCAAGGCAAGGUCAGAGGUCAAGGGGUCAACUAAUUCCCUUUCUUGUGGCUCUGUCUCCUGUGGUCUAGUUAGGUAACUGGUAAAUCUAUGUCUAGUUAUUAAGGUAUUUAUUGAGUUCUAUUUAUUUCUCCUCCCCCCCCCCCCUUUUUAAAAAUAUUUAUGUUGUUUUGAUAAUAAAGAUGAUACAGAUAUAAA